UUUCCAGGAUCAAAAAAGUCGUUGAGAACAGAAACCCGAAAGCAUUUGACGUUUCUGGAGAAUCGUUUGACAAGCAAAGCGGAACGUAAAUAAACGCGAUGGAUUUGUGAAGAUUUUCCGUGUUUCGCACUAUCCCGGUUUUCCGCAGUAUCACUGAAUAGAAAGGCGAACAAAAUGUCGCUAGAGUUUUGUCGCCUUUGCCUAACAGCCGUCGAUGUGGAGUGCAGCAUUCACGAACCAGCAAGGGGCGAAGAAACGUGUUACGAACUGCUGUCCAGGAUACUUCAUCCGCACGAGCUCCCGGACGAUGGCAGUGAUGAGUGGCCAACGAAAAUCUGUAAAGAAUGCAAGCGCAAGACCCUCGACGCAUACGAACUGUACGAACUGUGUUUGUCCAGCGGCGAAAGGAUACGACAAAUGUUCUCGGUGGACUGUAAACGCUCGCUGUCUCCCGAAGUCGAGACCGUUGAUUGUAAUGCUACUGUCGAAGCGGAGCUGCUCCUUUUUGUCUCCGAUGAGCAGCAGGAUUUGCAAGAGGAUCUCAACCCGAUGGCGUUCAACGAGGAACCAUCGAAUGCCAGCCCUGAACCCGUGGAGGAAACACAAAGCCACUUGCAAUCGGAGGGUUACUCGUGUAUCCUUUGCAUUGGCGCAACAUUCCCAUCACAAUCGGAACUGUCCGGUCAUUUGAAGGAUCAUCACGGUGAUCAAUGCGACUACUGCGAACCCUGCAGGAGAGCGUUCCUGGACCGGGAAAAGUAUGUGGCCCACAAGAAAUGCCACGAUCUCGGCCGUACGCAUUUCUGCACCAUCUGUGAAAAAGGUUUUCGAACCGCUGAAGCGCACCGGCUUCAUGUGUUGUCGCACGAUGCACCGUUCUUGUGUGCGGAAUGUGGCAAAAAGUUUGAAACGAAAAGUAAUCUUAAGCAACACAUGAAACGGCAUUCGAACGUGAGGCCGUUUGCCUGCAAGCUGUGCCCAUCUAAAUUCCAUUCCAAAGGCGAAUUAAAGACACACCAGUAUACCCACUCCAAGGUGAAGCAGUUCAGUUGUGAUAUGUGUGGCGCGCUGUUUACCAAAAACUCCUCGCUGGCCAAACAUCAGCGUAUUCACACAGGGAUACGUCCGUUCAGCUGUGAGGCUUGUAGCAGAAGCUUCUAUACAUCGGACCUCCUGAAACGCCAUAUGCUAACCCACACGGGAGAGCGACCGUACAAAUGUACAUACUGCAUCCGUUCGUUCACGCAGAGCAACGAUCUUGUGAAGCACAUGCGAACCCACAUCGGCACCAACAUUUACAAGUGCGAUCGUUGUGACGCCUCGCAUCGGUUGCUGUCGGAGCUGCGCGAUCACUACAAGGUACACUACCAGUCGGAGGAAGGGAAGGGAAGUGGUAGUGCGGAAUCCACCGCCGGCGAGGGAGGGAAUCGAGAUUUUCGCUUCACCACUACCAACAUUUUGAAGCUACACCAUACACCAAAGAAGUGUCUAAGGAAGGAAUAAAAAAGUAGCCACGUGUUUCCAUGGAAAACGACCCGAAA